UUCACUUCAUAAUCCAUCUUCUUCUCUUCUCACAGAGUACUCGAGACACAUACUCUUUGUUAGAGGUCUUACACUUCUACAUUCGGUUCAAUUUUGGGUGAGAAAGUGAGAGGAAGAAGGCGCUAUGAUUAAGACGUUGAAUCCUUACUCCACCACAGCUAAAACAGCUGAAAUUAUGUCCAGGUACAGGCCAAUAGCUCCGAGACCUGAGGUGCCUGCAAACUCCUUGAAUGAGAACUCAGCCAUGUCUCAGAAGAUCAGGCAGUCUCCUUAUCUGAGGAAUUUGUGGCCUCAGAUGCAGGCUAGGCCUACUAGGACUAGGAAGAGGGGUAGAGCUGCUUUAUCACCACCAACACUCAAGAGAGCAAGGACCCAUGUCCUAGGGCUUUCUUCACCCAGUCCAGUAACAUCCCCUGCAAAAAACCUUUCUUUGCAAGGCUUUUCUCAUGGGAUUCCUCAGCUUUCAGUUCCUAACUUUGUAAACACAGGUGGAGGCUUGGAGAGUUCUUGUGCACCACCAGCAAAUUUGGUGACGCUUCCCCUUCUUCCAUGUCCUCCCUCGGGUCCGAUUGCAGCCAACAAGGCAACAUUACCUGCACUCAAUUGCAUGGAGCCUUGUGGAGGAGAGAAAGUGAUAGAUUUGAACACAGCGGCUGAAAUUCCAGAAGAGAAGGAUCUGUUGAAGCAGCUACAAGGUCCUGUCACCAGCGGCGUUAUAGCACCUCAGCCAAUUCGACCAGUGGGUUCCAGCAUCAGUGUUGGAUACAUCAGAGAGGACCCAAGCCUAACCCCACCAAUGCAAGUUCCAAAGAAACCAGAGGAAGUUGAAGAAGAGGUCGAGUCGGAGGCCUUGCCGGCAGUGAUAUCUGACUCAAACAACAAAGUUAGACUGGCAAAUUCUGCUUACAAAGAGAUGGUGGGUCAACCAGAGUGUCCAUGGCUGGAUUCUAUGGUAACAGGUGAAGGAAGAGCAGGAGGCAACUCAUGCAAGAGAAUCUGUGGGGAAGUGAUGCUUCAUCUAUCUGAUUCGAGGGUGCUAGUUACAUCAAACCGGUUUUCAUGCUGGGUGAGGAUUGACUGGGGAAUUGAUGGGAAGAAAAGCUCAAUCAAUGCCUUCUGCGAUGUGAUCAGACUAUCAUGUCAGUCAAAGGACUACCUCUUCACAUGGAGGUUCCAUACCCACAACAGGGAAGCAACUCAGUCGGGCUGCAAUGUUUGAAAUUUGAAAUGCACACAGCUGUUUCCUACAAAAUGUGCCUUAGCUAGUAGUAUAUGUGUAGAUGAUAUAUAUAUAAAUAUCAGGCAUAGUGUAGUAUAGUAGUUUUUGUCAGCAUAUUUUGUGUAGCUAUAUAUGCCAAGUUUACUCCAUUUGCUUCUUAAACUUUGUGUACGGAUGCUUGCAACUUGUUCUAGCGCCCCAAGAAAGAGGUUAGAAAUAGGGAAAAUAUUGGCAGAGCUGAUAAUCUGUACUUAAAAAUAGUUCUGCUGUUAGGCUGUUACUGUAUAUCAUU